AUGUCGAUAAACGACUCUUUUCUCGAGGAACCCACGAACGUGAAGGAUGCGGAUUUCGGAACAAUCAAUGCCCAGGUUUUGGAAACGGCGGUCUACUGCGGUCUUACACCAGAACUGUUUCAGAGCAAGCCCUUGUUGGCUGGUAUCUUUCUUCUGGCUUCUCUCGCGGAGCGCCAUGUAAUCAAUUCAGGUUUUAUCAGUCAAAGUCAAUCUAUACGCACCUUGAGGACCAACCCUGAACUUCUCGAAUUACUGGCAGAUGCCUUCUCCAAGGGCGAUUUCUCCAGCAUAUAUGAUCUUCCGUUACUUCAAGAGAAGGUGACACCUGCAGACGGAGGACAGUCUGUCAUAACAGCAGAAGAGCUCGAGCAAGUCGUUCGCGACGCAUGGACGAAUGAAUAUAUCGGCGAUGCCCACCUCGUGCUCCUUGAGAACGUGAAAGACAUGUGUGCAACCUGCGAGGAGCCGUAUACAAACAGCGUGCCGAUUCUGCAGAGUUCUGGGAGUGGCAAAUCUAGAACAGUCGAUGAACUUGCCAAGAUUGUCUUCGUGAUACCUCUGAACAUCCGUGAGGAAAUGCAAGGAGAAUAUUCCUAUCCUCCCGCCGACAAGAGUAUCUACGCAUACCUGGUCGGUACGCCGUACACCAAGUAUAAUGAUGUCAGAGCCGCAUAUUUGGUAUUCUUCAAGAGAAUGUUUGCUGCCAUCCGGGCAGAAAUCGAGCAUUAUCUUCCCGCCUUCCGAACAAUGGAACAAUUUUCGUCCGCGUGGCGUGAACACCUCGCGCGCCCUCACGUGGGGAAUAAAAACCAUACGCAUCGCGACCGAUUGUACGACGAAAUUACUAAUUUUCCUGCUAAUGCACUUGUGGAUGAAUACGACUUCGCUGCGCUCAUUGCCGAUGCGAUGAAGGAAGGGAGUGCUCUUGUGGAGUUAAUCAAGUAUCGUUAUCAUCGUAGCGAGGACAGAUUCAGCAUCCUGAUAUACGUGGACGAGGCGCAAACCCUUGCAAACAAAGCAAUCGAGAAGGUUGGGCACCCAACUCACAAUGCUUAUGAAGUCUUUAGGGAAGUCUUGUCCGAUCUUCUCGACGUCGGCGUUUUUACUAUGUUCCUUUCCACAAACUUAUACUUGCACGCCAUGUCAUCCACACGGGAACCACGCAAGUCAAAGAGAGUCAGGUUUUCCGAUGCGGACACGACGCCCAUUCCUUACUUCGAGAUGCCUUGGACAGUCUUGCUAGAUCGACGGCCUUUGAUAGCUCCUGGACAAAUGACUCUGGCCGAGAUGUGUGAUGUGAAAUUCUCAAGCCAGUUCGGGAGGCCCUUGUGGCGGAGCUUGCUCAGGGGAGGAACACUCAAUGCCAACAAGAUUCUGAAGCAUUUUGCGUUGUCGAGGUUGACAGGAUGCGAAGAGUAUAAAGACAAACCACAUGAAGCACAACCAGAAAACCUAGUUAUCCAAGCGCGCCUAGCUGCCCUUAGCGCGAGGCUACUGUUGGAAUUUUAUCAGAACGAGCCCGCAAAGGAUAUGGAAAUGCGCCUUGUUCAAUCACAUAUGGCCUGGGUAUAUGGCAUCAGUGAUAGCCGCCAGUGGCUCUCCACAGGAUAUCCGUCAGAGCCCAUCGUUGCUGAGGCUGCGGCGCAUGUAAUGCAUCGCCUCCACGACAAAAGUGCGGCCGACGUGCUUGCGGAACACAUCCAAAGCUAUACAAUCAAGGCUGGGGAGAAGGGGGAGUUAAUCAUGCGACUCCUUCUCACUGAAGCGUUCGACAAGGCGUCCAGGGAAAUGGAAAAUUGGGACGGGCAAAUCGACCGGCCAGUACCUUUGUUGAACUUCCUCGGUGCGCUCUUUGGACCUGAACAUUUGGACGGCAUCAAGCAGUCGUACGCUGACAACCGCUGUGGCGAGCAACGGACAUUUGCCGAGGCGUUCAAGAACGCUUACGUCCGUUUCACCCACUUUGCAAGGCUUGAAGACGACAGUCUUGUGAAUCCAAGGGGAACUUGGAUCGCUCUGACACGUGCGAUAGCUUGGCAGUGCAACUCGGAGGAGAGUCUCAUUGACUGCAUCAUACCUGUCGCCAUCGGAGACGGACGGUUGUCGCCGGACUGCAUGACAGCGAUUCUCAUUCAGGCGAAGAACCGGCCGAAGGCAAUAGUCGCGGAGAUCGACGAGUCUAAACUGAAUGGCUGUCGCGGCUUCUUUCCGAAAACCUUCGAUAGACGGCCGUACGUCACCCUCAUGAUGGAGUUGGGAGUACAACCCAAGCGGAACCAGCGAAACGCGCAUGUUCAAGCAUCUCCGCCGCAUGUCCGCGUGGAAACGAUACCAUCUACGCAAUAUCCUACUGACACCCUUCUUCCACAUCCGCGCUUUCCAAUCAUCGCACGCGGCUGUUCUCCUCGUGUCUACGCUGUCGUCAAAGACAAGGACUCGGAGGCUUUCACUACAAUCCUGCGCGGUAAGAACUCGCCCCACGUCUACUCGUAUCCGCAUCGAGUGACCAUGGACUGGAUGGAGCGCAUGUGCAAGGAGGGGUCUGCGAGCAUAGAGGACUCGGAAGAGGACGAUGAGGGUAUUUCAAUUGGCAGCGAUAUGCCACCUCCGGAGGAGCCAAUGGAUAUCGAUGACAAUGACUUGCAGCCACCAAGUCCGUCUGUCACUGGUCCAGACUUGAUCCCUCCAGCUAUUUGA